AUGUUUUGGUGUUUAUUUUCCCUUUCUAUAUCAGUUCUAGAAGUCAAGAACUUGACAGAACAAGUACUAAAUGUUCCAUUCAACGUCGUUAUUAAUUCAGAAGCUAAACUUUCUGUUAAAAAAUCAUUAGUAUUUUUUAUUUAUAAUCCAGAAGGUUGUACAGUAGAAUAUCCAAAUGGUACAACAACAAAUCUCGAGCAAAUGCUAUAUUUACCAAUUAAACAGAAUCCUAAUCCUACAUCUGAUUUCAUCAUUCGUUGUGAAGGUUCAAAAACGCUGCGUGCUGUUCUAUUUUACAUCAAUUAUUAUGAAAUGAAUGAAAAAUAUUACAUUUUAAUGAAUACAUAUGGAAAGAAACUAUAUUUACCUUCAACCGAUUGCAUUUAUGAAAGAGGUGACUUUUUGAAAGUCAGAGUUUAUGUUGUCUCUGAUGUUCCUUGUGAUAUUACAUUUUAUCAUGGCCUUGAUAUACCUUAUCCAUGUGAUUUGCGAGUUUAUUCAACUCCGAAUGAAGAAUCCACACCAGGAUUUAUAGGUUCCAAUCCAGAAUUCACUGUUAACAAUGUUUAUUUUGCUUACAUAGAAAUAGGAGCAAACUUUACAAAUGGACAAUUAGUUGGAGUUAAAAAUGUUCAAAAGUCAAAUCCAAACGAUGAACUUCCUUCUGAUGCAAUAGUUUAUGAAUCAUUUUCAAACAUAAUAAACCUUGAUGAACCUCUUUAUCACGAAGAAUAUAAUCUUAUAAACUUUGAUCACUUGAUUUAUUCGAAUGGCCCUUGGUUCACAGAAUAUCCAAAUGGAAUCAAAGCAUAUGAAACAAAAGGUAAUGCAUUUAUAAUUCAGAAUUAUCAAGAUAUAGUAUUAGGAAAUGGAGAAGAUUGUCCUCCAAUUGUUGCCAAUAUAAAUGGAAUGAUUUUUAAACCAAGACAAGGAUCAUUUUCAAUGAACUAUUGGUUUAUUAAACCACUAAAUUCAUUUUGCCACUUAGGAACUUAUUCUCAAUGUCAAUGCGAUACAAUGGAUGUAGUUUAUGGAUAUAGUAACAAAUAUUUCCAUUAUGAUAUUGAAAAGAAAGAGAAAUAUAAACAUCUUAGGAAUUGUGUUUAUCUUGCUGAUAGAGGAGGUUACCUAGCAAGGAAAUAUGAAAAUGCUAACAUAUAUUAUAAUGAUAUUGAUCAUUUGUUUUACUUAGAUCAAAGUGAAUUAUAUUUCGAACACUAUGAUCUUGUUUUAAUGGCUCAUUAUCCUCCAAAUCUUGGUGAAUUUUUAUUGAAAGAAGUAACAUUUGCAAGUGAUUUCACUGCAAACAUUGGAAUCAAUGAAUAUCAAUGCGACCAUGAUAAAUUUUAUAAUAUCUCAUAUACUGGAUCACAAAGAGAUUUAAUUCAAUUUUCAAGUGAUAAAGUUGGUCUUUUCUAUGAUGCCAAUAAAUCAAUAUCUUGGACGAAUCACAUAAAUGAUCGCUUUAUAGUGACAACUGGAUCAAUAUCAAAAUUCCAUCUUCACAUUAUCGCAGGAUCUGAAGAAAAUAAGACUAUCACACACAUUGUUGCAAAUGCUCAAUCUCAACAAAUUCCGAGGGUUACACAUGGAAGAGAUGUUUGGAAUCAAUACUAUGUUCUUAUUUUUGGAGAUGAUCCACUGGAAAUUACAUUCAUGAGAGAUGCAUCAUCAAGAGAUAAUUUAUCAUAUUUAAAUUCAUACUAUUUAGAUGGUGAAUAUACACAAAUGACAUCAGAAAAAGAAGAAUACACAGUUUCAAACACCAAUUUUGUUAUAUUAAGGAUAGACCAAGAAGAGUUUGGUCGAUAUAAUGGUACUUAUGGCAUAAAAGAAGUUAAAUACAUGAAUCCUAGAGAUCAAAAUUAUAAUUCUAUAUCUGCUUAUUUUCGCUUUUAUAGAGAUCAAAUGCCUGAUUUAUAUACAUAUUCUUUUGCCGAUGAUUAUUAUGAUUACAUUGUUUUUGGCUCAUGCGAGAAUUGUUUAACAAAAGUUGUAGUUCCAGAUAAAGUUCCAGAGAAAAAGGAAGAAAAUGUUCCAAGCGGAAAAUACGCAAUGACACCAGAAGAGGAAGAUUAUAAAAUUGGAAAAGGAAAGUUAGUUGUUUUGAGUUAUGAUGCAUCACAGAAACUUCAAAUCACAGCAAAAAUUGGUGAUAAUACACUUGAUGUUAGUGGUAAGAAGAAAUCAGCUGUUCUUUUCACGGAAGAUGGAUAUCUGACAAUAUCAAACAAGAAGAAUAACAAUAAGAAAUCACAAGUCUUCAUGUACAUAUACGACAUCUCUAAUUAUCCUCCAUUUGAUUACUGGAUCUUCAUCACAGGCACACAGACUAUACAAGCAAAAGAUUUCGGUGUUGACAGCAAAUCACUUGUUGGCAAACGUAUCGCAAUUUUCGCAUCAUUCUUCAAAUCAACAUCAACAUUGAACAUCAAACUUCCAAAAGGUGCAGAUGCAAAGUUCUACUCACUUGACGGCAGUGAUGCAAAUAUCCGUCGUCAUGCAUCAGAAGUUGAAGACUUUGUUCAGACAGAACCAACAGUCAGUGUCAUCACACCAUCAUCAGAAACAGAAGUUGAACAAAUUUCAUUCGAAAUCCACAAAGAAGAUUAUCCAGAACUUGCAAUUGAAGUUGCAGCAGUGUCAGACAUCAAUGUUAUCUCUGUUUCUCCUGUAUCUCCUCAAUCACCAACACCAUCAUCAAACGAUAACAAACUUUCAGUUGGUGCAAUUAUUGGAAUCUCUGUUGGAUCAUUUGCAAUCAUCGCCAUCAUUAUUAUUGUUUCCAUUUUCAUUAUCAAACAAAAGAAGAAAUUACGUGUUAUUGCCAAUGAUGACAGUUCUUAUUCUGAUGAUGAAAAUAACAAUGAAACAAACAGAACAAAUUAA